CUGGAUUCCCCGGAAUCAAACCAUGAAGAACAGAAACUCGAUUGAGAAGUCUCGGUUCCGGCUUAUUGGUUGCCUAUGCGUUUUAUUACAUCUUCAGAUCACCUCAUCUCUAGGAAUCCCACUCCGACGACCAGCAUUGGAGAAUGCUGACCCCAAUUUCCUUGAUACGCGCGACCAAAGUCCUUUUGAGUCGGAACUUCCUGAAAGCCGAUUCCCGCGGUUUUUCAUUAGGCGUUACGCGACGGAUGAUGGGCUCAAAUCUACUCCGGCACUGGACCGGUCGGAAGAAAGCUAUCUGCGACAGUUGAUCGCAAGGUCAAAUCAACUGCGUGCUCUGAGAUUUGGCUAAAGGUGUGGCAAUUUUCUGUUGACUUAUGAGAUCAGAGUUUGA